GUUGGUACAUGUGGUAGUCCAUGGCGCGCCGGGUUGGGCCGACAAUUUGCACAAGGGCUGAGCCGAUGCCGGAUAAUAUGGAUGGAAGGUCAAACCCCGUUUCGCCAUUCGCAUCACUUUGAUAAGUGACACUGGCCUUGUAGCGCAGCCGUAGAACCGUGGAAGAGGAGGGAAGAUGAUGUGCGAAGUGAUGCCCACCAUCAGUGAGGGGGACACGGGCGCCCCUCCGCGAGGCCCAGGGGGGGUCCAGAACGGCUCGGAGCAGGAGGCCAACUUUGAGCAGCUCAUGGUGAAUAUGCUGGACGAACGUGACAAGCUGCUAGAAUCCCUCCGAGAAACACAGGAAACGCUGAUCCAGUCCCAGAGCAAACUGCAGGGGGCGCUACACGAGAGGGACAUGUUACAGAGACAGAUCAACGCCUCGCUGCCUCAGGAGUUCGCAACGUUGACGAAGGAGCUGAACAUUUGCAGAGAGCAGCUUCUGGAGAAAGAAGAGGAGAUUUCUGAGCUCAAGGCCGAGAGGAACAACACUCGGUUGCUGCUGGAGCACCUGGAGUGCCUGGUGUCGCGUCACGAGCGCAGUCUGAGAAUGACUGUGGUGAAGAGACAAGCCCCGCCCCCCUCCGGCGUGUCCAGCGAAGUGGAGGUCCUCAAAGCUCUCAAGUCUCUGUUUGAACACCACAAAGCCCUGGACGAGAAGGUGCGUGAGCGGUUGAGGGUGGCUCUGGAGCGAGUGGCCACUUUAGAGGGACAGUUAGCCUCCACGACACAAGAGCUGAACUUGGCGCGGCAGAGGAAAGACGGAGACUCGGCAGAUGGAUCCAAACCAACAUGGAAGAGACUUCCAAAUGGUUCAAUAGAUGCCCAUGACGAUGGGAGCAGAGUCUCUGAGCUCCAAGAACUUUUGGACCGGGCCAACAAAGACCUGGCCCAGAGCCGGGACCACACGGCCUCCCUGAACGCACGAGUGGCCGAACUGGAGGCGGAGCUAACCAACACGAGAAGAGAGCUCAGCCGUACAGAGGAGCUGUCAAUCAAACAGCAGAGGGAGCAGAGAGAGCAAAAAUUUUAAAUCUAUUUUACUGUGCAGAGAGAGGACAUGGAGGAGAGGAUCACCACACUGGAGAAGCGUUACCUGGCGGCUCAGAGAGAAACCACCCACAUCCACGACCUCAACGACAAACUGGAGAAUGAGCUGGCCACCAAGGACUCUCUGCACCGACAGAGUGAGGAGAAGGUGCGUCAGUUGCAGGACUUGCUGGAGCUGGCGGAGCAGAGACUGGCACAAACUCUGAGGAAAGCCGAGACACUGCCCGAGGUUGAGGCAGAGCUCGCCCAGCGGGUGGCAGCACUCUCCAAGGCUGAGGAGCGUCAUGGCAACGUGGAGGAGAGGCUCAGACAGCUGGAGUCACAACUAGAGGAGAAGAACCAGGAGCUGGGGAGGGCUCGUCAGAGAGAGAAGAUGAACGAGGAGCAUAACAAGCGCCUGUCCGACACAGUGGACCGUCUCCUCACAGAGUCCAAUGAGAGGCUGCAGCUGCAUCUGAAGGAACGCAUGGCUGCUCUAGAGGACAAGAACUCCCUGAUUCAGGAUCUGGAAAACUGUCAGAAGCAGCUAGAGGAGUUCCAUCACACCAGGGAGCGGUUGAUCGGAGAGAUUGAAAAGCUCAGGAAUGAGAUCGAUCAUUUGAAACGUCGCAGUGGAGCCUUUGGUGAUGGGACACAUCCAAGGUCCCACCUGGGCAGUGCCAGUGACCUGCGCUUCUCUGUGGUGGAGGGGCAGGAGGGGCACUACAGCACCACAGUGAUCCGACGUGCUCAGAAAGGAAGGCUGACUGCGCUCCGAGACGACCCAAACAAGGUGUGCGCUGUUUUCGGCCAGGAUUACCCCUCCCUCCGUGGCUCUGUCACUCACCUCUUGGGCAGCGACGUGGAGGCAGAGUCUGACAUGGACGACGAUGUUAGCUCCGCCCUCCUCUCCCCCAGUGGCCAAUCGGAUGCGCAGACUCUGGCGCUAAUGUUACAGGAGCAACUCGACGCGAUCAAUGAAGAGAUCAGGAUGAUCCAGGUGGAGCGUGAGUCUGCAGACCUCCGUUCAGAGGGUCUGGACUCUCGUGUGAACAGCAGCAGUAUGGACGGUCUGAACGUGACCCUUCGCCCGCGCGCUCUGCCCACCUCCGCCACAGCGCAGUCCCUGGCCUCCUCCACGUCACCCCCCACCAGCGGGCACUCCACGCCCAAACACCACACACGCAACGCAGGGCAUCACCUCGGCAUCAUGACCCUGCCGAGUGAUUUGAGAAAACAUCGCAGGAAAGUAGCAUCUCCGGUCGAAGUGGACAAAGCUACAAUCAAAUGUGAAACGUCGCCGCCUUCGUCUCCUCGAAGUUUACGACUCGAAACAAACUUCGCUCAGUUCACGGGAAGUCUGGAGGACGGACGCGGCAAAGCGAAAAAAGGCAUUAAGUCCUCCAUCGGUCGCCUGUUUGGGAAAAAGGAGAAGGGUCGAAUGGAGCCUUCAGUGGGAAGAGAAGGACAACAGCUGUCUGCAUUAACAGAUUUUGAAAUGGGCGUUGGUGACACCAUGACUCUGGGCAAACUGGGCACUCAGGCAGAGAGGGAUCGCAGGAUGAAGAAAAAACAUGAGCUUCUAGAAGAUGCCAGAAAAAAAGGGCUUCCGUUCGCUCAGUGGGACGGUCCAACGGUUGUGUCCUGGCUGGAGUUGUGGGUGGGGAUGCCGGCCUGGUACGUGGCUGCCUGCAGAGCGAACGUGAAGAGUGGGGCAAUCAUGUCCGCACUGUCCGACACAGAGAUCCAGAGGGAGAUCGGGAUCAGUAACCCUCUGCACAGACUCAAACUCAGGCUCGCCAUUCAGGAGAUGGUGUCCCUGACCAGCCCCUCCGCACCCCUCACUUCCAGAACGUCGUCCGGAAAUGUGUGGGUGACUCAUGAGGAGAUGGAGAACCUGGCGUCAAACACCAAAGCGGAGAAUGAAGAGGGCAGCUGGGCACAGACGUUGGCGUACGGGGACAUGAAUCACGAGUGGAUUGGUAACGAGUGGUUGCCGAGCCUAGGCCUGCCUCAGUACAGGUCCUACUUCAUGGAGUGUUUAGUGGACGCUCGAAUGUUGGACCAUCUCACCAAGAAAGACCUGCGCAGCCACCUCAAGAUGGUCGACAGCUUCCACAGGGCGAGUCUGCAGUAUGGGAUCAUGUGCCUGAAGAGACUCAACUAUGACCGGAAAGACCUGGACCGAAGACGAGAGGACGCUCACCAUGACAUGAAGGACGUUCUGGUGUGGACCAAUGAGCAGGUGAUCCACUGGGUGCAGUCCAUCGGUCUGAGGGAGUAUAGUGGGAACCUCCUGGAGAGCGGAGUCCACGGAGCUCUGCUGGCCCUGGACGAGACCUUCGACUACAGUGGCCUGGCCCUCAUACUGCAGAUUCCCAUGCAGAAUACACAGGCUCGUCAGGUUUUGGAAAGAGAGUUCAACAACUUACUGGCCCUGGGCACAGACCGCCGACUUGAGGAGUCAGGAGAUGAUAAGUCGUUCCGGCGCUCCCCCUCGUGGCGUAAACGGUUCCGGGCCCGUGAGGGGGGCUCCGGUCUGGGCAUGAUGGCUGGGUCUAUGGAGACUCUACCUGCUGGGUUCAGAAUGCCCUCCAUGUCAAUGCCCCCCAAUGUGAACCUGCAUAUGCACAAGAAACAGCUGCAGCCUGAAGCCCCGCCUCCAGCUCCUCCGAGACUUGACCCCUCGGCGGUGAGGACCUACUCAUGCUAACUCUCUCUGCUAACUAACAG